CAGAACUGGCUGGGAUUGCUCGUUUCCCGAAAUUCCUGAAGUGCUCCGUGUUGCCACCUUUCCUUUCAGCUCCUGUGGCUGCACUAACACCAGCCAGUCAAGCUCCACAACAUCUGUGGGAAUGUAAGGCGCUAGAAUUACACACCAUUAAACCAAUUCUUAACUGCAAAGGAUUUAUUGUUCAUUCACAAAUCUGCAGAUAAUCUUCAGAAAUGCCAGAGCAAAGCAACGAUUACCGGGUUGUUGUGUUUGGAGCUGCAGGAGUUGGGAAAAGUUCCUUAGUCCUGCGCUUUGUUAGAGGAACUUUCAGAGAAACAUACAUUCCAACAAUUGAAGAUACAUACAGGCAGGUAAUCAGCUGUGAUAAAAAUAUUUGUACACUUCAAAUCACGGACACCACAGGCAGCCAUCAAUUUCCUGCAAUGCAGAGGCUGUCUAUUUCCAAAGGGCAUGCCUUCAUUCUAGUUUACUCUGUCACAAGCAAACAAUCCAUGGAGGAAUUGCAGCCCAUCUAUGAGCAGAUCUGUCAAAUCAAAGGGAACAUUCAGAACAUCCCUAUUAUGUUAGUGGGAAAUAAGAGUGAUGAGACUCAAAGGGAAGUGGAGGCUGCUGAAGGAGAAGCUCUCGCCACAAAGUGGAUGUGUUCUUUCAUGGAAACCUCUGCCAAACUCAACUACAAUGUACAGGAACUUUUCCAGGAGUUGCUUAAUUUGGAAAAGAGGAGGGCAGUGAGUCUCCAAGUGGAUGGAAAGAAAUCUAAACAGCAAAAAAGAAAAGAUAAACUGAAAGGAAAAUGCUCCCUAAUGUGAAAUGCAAGCUUUUAAAAUCAUAUCUAUUGCAUGGUGCAACCAGGCAUGGAUUUCAUAGAUUUCCUGUGAAAAAGGGGCCACUUUUACACAGAAUGACUCAUUUCCUAACAACCUAUGAGACAGAUAAAACAAGUCUUAUAUCAGUCCUAAUCAUAAUGAAUCAAGAUUCAGCAUCAAAUCCCAUCACUGAUGGAUUGCACUAUCAGCUUAGGUUGUUGGUUAAAAAAGACAUGCUUCUUGCAUUUUCACAUUUAUAUCAUAGUUUCCAUAU